AUGCAUACCUCACUACGAGCCAUCGCAUUCGGCGUCGCGCUCCUCAUCUCAGGAACUUCGGCGACCGUCUCCCUCUCCAGCUUUACGCCGCGCAUCAACAACAUCGGCAACACACAGUGCGAGUCCGCAUACAACACCCUCAUCAAGGGCUGCCAGGCGAGCGACUUUGGCGGAGAUGUCGUCUGCAGCGCCGCAUGCAUCCGAGGACUACAAGAGAUUACACAGCUGGUGCAGAGGUCAUGUAGUGGCGUCAGAGUAGACCAAUCGAGCAUCAUUGGCGUCUUCCAGUCCGGCAUUGGCAUCAAGUCGCUACGCCGCAUCGAGUUCCACAACCGCAGCGAGGACUACAACAGCGGCGCAGAGCACACAAGCUGCGACUUCAAGGGCAUCGACAUCGGCUACUCCCGCGCCCUCCUCAUCUUCGGACACAACUUCCUCUACAUUGGAUACACAGUCUUCAGCGGCGCAGUCGUCAACAUCCUCAUCGACAGGCCUGGUUGUGGACCCAAGCCCAACUUCGGUCGCUGGUUCGUCACCGACGGGUGACGCUCAAUCACCAGCUUCGUCGACUGGUGCAGGGCGGCCGAACCAGCUACAGCUGUCGAACCAGGACUCCGGAGGUGGAUCACCGUUUGACGUCCAAUCGACGGGCGAUUCUUCACGGACAACGAUAGAUGUCAUGCUGGCAUCAUUCGUCGGCACCGCGCUACUGUUCGUCGCAUGCGCAUAGAACGAUCCACCUUCUUUCAUUUGUUUAUCAGCAUCACGACAUGGCGUUGGAGGAAAGUUUCCUUCGGAGGAUAUGUAUUAUACCCAUAUGAGAGCAGCAAUAAGUGCUGAGGACUAGCGGUUGUACAAAACGAAGCAGGAGGAAUGAAGAGUACAGUCACAGCCAAUUGUACAGAUACAAACACGAAGCGUAAAAAUAAUGAACGAACA